AUGGACUCGAGUUACCCCGAAGAGUCUCUCAGUGUGAAUGCCGGGCCCACCGAUGACAAGAAGCACACAAUCACCCUGUCCGUCCCAUCUGAUUUGAUUGAGGAUGAUUCUCCAACAUCACUGUCACUGGGAUUCCAGGUUGAUUCACCCAAUCCCGGUUCAGAGGAAAGCUAUGGUGUUGAUGACUUGAAGAUCACGUCAUCUUACACCUGCGCAAAGACACAAUCUCCUUCUGCCACUACUGGCACUCCAACAUCAGCCACCACAACUGGAACACCCAGUGGCGUCCCAGGCACAGCAGCCCAACCGGGUCUCCUGUUACCAGUUCGCCCACAACAACAACCACAGGGACUCCAUCUUCUGUCAAGAUCUGUUACCCUGAGGUUGUCCUGGAGGAAGAGACUUUGA